GAAGCAACGAUCCCACUUAAGAUCAUGAUCAUAUUUUGCUCAUUCUGUUCUGCAUGCAUAAGAACAUAAAACGAAGGAAACCAGACAAACAAACACCAUGCAAUUGUGGGUCUCCCAUCUGUGCCCGUGGGUCACUUUCGGUUCUCUCUCAUUCUCGCGCACCUUACCUAUAAAGUCAAGUCCAACGCCUCACCUAGCCAAUCCACAGAUAUAUAUAUCCACGGCCAUCCUGAUCUGACACAAACAGAGCAGUGAUAUUUGGGACUCAACUACCAGGCCCUUCCAACCCCCACAUUAAAUGCUUCCUCAGAAGCUCAGUCUUUUCUCUGCCGUUCUAGUGUUUUUUACUUGACUCCCACGUCUCGUUUCCACCGCCAUUUUUAAUUAUUUCUCUGUGUUUGUGUGUAACGACGCUCUCUGAUGCGAAUGCCAUAAACGAAAAAAGGACAACCCACCACCCCUACUUGCAAAUUAUACACACAUUUCAUGGCAGCAACAACAACUACAACUCACCUCAAAGCUCAAACCCAACCCACUAAGCCCAGACGCCGCAAGUACCGCGAGACCACCAUCUCGUCUUCCGCCUCCGCCACCACUUACUCUCCUGGUCACUCGAAUCGGAAGCUCGACCCGCCCACCAUUGUCUCCCCCGACCACCACCCCUGGUGCUGCCCCGCUUCGAAACACGUAUCAACCCCUCCUCCCCCUCCGCCAUCUCCUCCGCUUCCGCCUCCACAUACCCGCCGCGCUACGAACUCGAACCAGGAAGCCAAUAACCUGUCCGCAUUUUCCUCAUCUUCGCCUUCCGUUUCGCCGUCAACAUUUAGGAUCCGAUUCUCUCCUGGCAGUCUAUCGCCUGUCAUGGACUUUUCAUCCACCACGAUGAACGGGAACGACUCGUUCCCUUCCAGCUUCACCAAGUUCAACUCUGCCCUCACCGCCGGGCUCCUAAACCCAAUGUCGCCACCUCCCCCGUCCGACAAAACGAUCCGAUCCAGUCCGACCCUUUUCGAAAUGAUGGCCAAUGAGCCCGAUCUCCACCACUCCAGAACCCAGAUACCACGUCAAAACACCGCCGUACCAGUUCCGAAACCUCAACUCCCUCAAAUCUCACCCUAUGACAAACAUGCCCUAUCAAUGCAGCGAAUCUCCGAGAUCUUGUCUAGCCGCAGCCCCGGGAACCAGUUCAACGACACGACCUCGAGUGACAUUAAGCUUACAUUGAGCUCCAAGGACGGCAUCAGUGUCUCCGUGAAUCUCCAUCGUCAGAUUCUCGUGGCCCACAGCAGGUUCUUUUCGGUCAAGUUGUCUGAGCGGUGGACGAUGCCGCAGAGACCCGCGGGGUCGCCGUACAUCGUGGAGAUCGCGGACUGCGACGACGUCGAGGUUUACAUUGAGACCUUGAGGUUGAUGUACUGUAAGGAUCUGAGGAAGAAGCUGAUGAAAGAGGAUGUUUCCAGAGCUCUUGGCAUCUUAAGGGUAUCGGCUGCAAUUGGGUUUGAUGCUGGGGUUUUGUCAUGCUUAGAGUACUUAGAAGCUGCCCCAUGGGCUGAGGAUGAAGAAGAGAAGGUGGCUUCGUUAUUGUCAGAGCUCCAACUUGACGGUGUCGGUGCCGGGGAAGUUUUGAAAAGGGUUUCAGUCGAGGUUGCUGACAACGAGGAAGUGCUGCUUAAACUUAUACAUGUGGUUCUUGAAGGUAAAGAUGAGAAGGCGAGGCGAGAAAUGAAGGGAUUGGUGUCGAAGAUGCUUCGUGAGAAUUCGUCGCAGAAUGACCUUCGGAAAGAGUCGUUGUACUUGGCUUGUGACGCGUGUUUGCAGUUGCUUCGCCACCAUUUUUUGUUGGCAGCGGCGUCAGACUUACAGGAUGUUGUUCAGAUUGCGCGACAAGCAGAUAAUUUGCAUUGGAUUUUGGAUAUUCUGAUCGAUAGACAGAUUGCUGAUGAUUUUUUGAGAACAUGGGCAUCAGAAUCUGAAUUGUCCGAUGCGCAUGCUAAAGUGCCUGCAAUUCAUAGGUUUGAGGUUAGCAGAGUCACGGCACGGCUAUUUGUUGGGAUUGGGAAGGGGCAGCUGUUGGCUUCUAAAGAUGCUAGGUGCUUGCUAUUAAGAACAUGGCUAGAGCCGUUUUAUGAUGAUUUCGGGUGGAUGAGGAGAGCAUCAAAAGGCCUCGAUCGUCACUUAAUUGAAGAUGGGCUUUGUAACACGAUUCUUACCCUGCCUCUAUCUUGGCAACAGGAUAUUUUGCUUGCUUGGUUUAACCGUUUCUUGAACUCGAGUGAAGAUUGUCCAAACAUACAAAGAGGUUUUGAAGUUUGGUGGAGGAGGGCUUUUGUGAGACGAAAUGGUGAGCAGGAAAGGCAACGACCAUUGCGAAUUACAACUGCAACUGUUGAGAACUAAAAGUCAUUACAGCCGGAAAGGUUGGUGCUCUAAUGGAUCUUUUAGUCUCCCAUUACCUUUACUUGGUCUCGCUUUGGUCACGAUCCUUCAUCAUUGGUUAUAUUUUAUCUGUCAUCUUCCUCUCUAAACCUGGACUUCUUCCUUCUAAACCGGGACAAGCAGUUCUUCGUCAUCGAGGAGUAAAUUUUUCAUGGGGAUGUGUAUUUUCCUUGACUUGGAAGAACCCAGGUUUAGCCUGGAAGAAGAUAGAGAUCUUUGGAGGCGCAAAGCCCGUGUCUUGCUGAGAAGUAGACUGAGUAUAAUUGGUUGUUGGACUAACAAAAAGAAAUGGUUGUUGGUUUUUCUGUUUAGUUUGAUACCUUAAUUGAUUCUGUUUGUCUACUAUACCCCAUUUUUUUUUUUUAUGGUUCUCUCCUUAGUCCAGUAGUUGUGAUCUUACAGGAUCUUAUUUGUAGUUGAUGAUUGUCUAAUUGGCGGAUUAACUCUCUUAAAGAAAAGAAGAAUUGUAAUAGUCAAA